CGUUCGCGCGUCAGUUAUUCGAAUUACUGUGAAUUACUUAUGGUUAUUCUGCUGCGAACGCUAAGGAGUUUGCGGAACAAAAACAAAUGUAUAGCAAGAUAUCUCAGUUCACACAGGAUUGGAGUGGACGUUAUCGUCAUCGGAGGAGGUCAUGCCGGAUGCGAAAGUGCUGCUGCUGCAGCUAGAUGUGGAGCACAAGCAAUACUUCUUACUCAUAACGUCAAUACGAUCGGCGAAAUGAGCUGCAAUCCUAGCUUUGGUGGAAUUGGCAAAGGUCAUCUCAUUCGCGAAAUUGAUGCCCUUGAUGGUGUAUGCGGAAGGAUAUGCGACAAAUCAGCAAUAACUUACCAAGCUUUGAAUUCCGGCCAGGGUCCAGCCGUCCUUGGUCUUCGUGCGCAAAUCGACAGAAAGCUUUACAAGGCUCACAUGCAGAAGGAGCUCUUUUCCACAGCGAAUUUGAACAUCGUUUGUGGAAGCGUCCAAGCUCUUGCCACUGAAGUGGUUGAUGGCGGACUACAGAUCAAGGGGGUAAUUUUAGAAGAUGGCAAGACUCUUAAGGCUGCAUCGGUUGUUAUUGCUACUGGCACAUUUUUGGGUGGAGAAAUUUUCUUAGGCAAACAGCGAUGGCCAGCGGGAAGAAUUGGAGAGAAAAGCGCCAUGGGCUUGUCUGAAUCUUUCCGCGAAUUAGGAUUCGUUCUGGGUCGUCUUCGAACUGGAACUCCACCACGAUUGAUCAAGAAUACCAUAGACUUUUCAAAGUUCAAGCUCAUGCCGCCUGACGACAAACCCAUACCAUUUUCGUUCAUGACUGAUCAUGUUUGGCUUCCGCCUAACGAACAACUUCCUACAUAUCUUGGACAGACAAAUGAUUUGGUUAGAGACAUAGUGGAAGCAAACUUAGCUGAUAAUGAGCACAUCAAAGCUGAUGCAUUAGGGCCUCGCUACUGCCCUUCACUGGAAUCGAAGAUUAUACGAUUCCGCAACCUUCAUCAUAGGGUAUUUUUAGAGCAUGAGGGCCUUGACUCCGAUUUGAUAUAUCCACAAAGUAUGUCUAUGACGUUUUCACCAGAGAUUCAGUUGAAGAUUAUGAGAGCCAUUGAAGGUUUGGAAAAGGUGGAAAUUGCUCAACCCGGAUAUGGCGUCCAGUAUGAUUUUGUCGAUCCAAAACAAGUACUCCCUACAUUGGAAACGAAGAAGGUGAAGGGGCUUUUUCUAGCUGGACAGAUCAAUGGAACAACCGGGUACGAAGAAGCCGCUGCGCAGGGUGUCAUUGCCGGUAUAAAUGCUGCAGCUCAUGCACAUGGAAGGGAAGGAAUGGUGAUUCGCCGCAGCCAAGGGUAUAUCGGCGUUCUUAUUGAUGAUUUGACGAGUUUGGGUACGAAUGAACCUUACAGGAUGUUUACGUCAAGAGCUGAGCACCGCUUACAUCUUAGGCCUGAUAAUGCUGACAUGAGGUUGACGGAGAUUGGACGUCGGUGGAACGCAGUUGGAGACAAUAGAUGGGCACGCUUCCAAGAGGAAAAGAAAAGCUUUGAAGGCAUGUCAGAUGCGUUGAAGAAAAUAAGUAUGAGCUUGAAGAAAUGGAUUUCGAUCAUUCCAUCAAUACAGACGAAGAAUGUAUAUAAAGUUUUAUCUGCAUACGAGUUGCUUUAUCGUUACAACGUUCCGCUCAAAUCCUUGCUAGAAGCGUUUCCUGAUCGCUUGAUACAUCUCAACGUUGGAGAUGAGGAGCGUUUGGAGAAUCGCCUCAAAUGCGAGGCCAGCUAUGAGGGUGCUCGAGAGCGAAUGAAGGCUAAGAUGGACGAGAUCGAUAGGGAAGCCAGCAGUUUGAUUCCCGAAAAUCUUGAUUAUGGCAGUUUGGCAGGCCUUAGUGUGGAAUGUCGUGAGAAACUGGACCGAGCGCGGCCUCUGAAUUUAGCUGCAGCAUCAAGAAUCCCAGGUGUGAAACCAGAUGCUAUCAUAACCCUUCUUCGUUACGUGAAGCGACCAACCGUUAUACCUCCUACGGGUUCAUAUCCGAACUGGUCACGGUGUAAGCCAAAGCUAAUAAAUGCAGAAUGCCUUACAUUGAAAUCAUUACAAUAUUACUCAACAUGA